UUUGGCAUUCGCAUUGUCGUCUAUGCAAAUAUUGUAAUCGUAGUUAUUUAGUGAUUGACUUCUUAUCUUGCUGUGGUGCUUUAAGGGGAUAUCAUUGGUCCAGGAAUUCAAAUAUGAACAGCUAAAAAUAGACAGAUUUGCUACAAGCUUCUUAAUUUUGCAAUAAAAAAUAUGCUAUUGAAAAUUAUUUGCUGACAGAUUGAUCAGUAAUGGGAAUACUGUAUUAGGUGAAUUCAUAAAUGGUUGCAAAUAUUUUAAAGAAGGGUGAAUGUGGUUACUUGCGUUUCGCUCGAUUAGCUUCCCUAGGUGCUGUCACGCUCGGAUUUGUUGCUCUUGCAGCAUCACCGAGAAUGGAAGCGGUCCGUGUCCCGCUAUGAACCAGAACACUGCGCUGAAUCCUGUUUUAGCGACGAACUCGAUGACGGUGUUAUCAUCGGGUGAAAUCGUUCCAGUCUCAGUCGCCAGAUUCGACCUCGACCCCAUCCCAGAUCGUGAACCGAGAGACUCCAUGGGCCCCCGUGGCACUGGAGCUGUCGGCGGUUUCACGUGUGAGGACGCGGCGGAGGGCAGAUCUCCACCUUCCGCAUACAUUGAUGGCGUACCUGUCACAGUCUCCGUGCAAAACCUUGACGGUCAGCAGAGACUAAUAUAUGUGGCGGCAGAUCCGAGCGGAGGCGCGGAGUCAUUCGUGAGCCCGCUGGCCGCGGAGGGCAGUCUGCACCUUCAGGCGGGGGCGGGCCUGCUGUCCUUCCAGUCUCUACCCCCUACCUUGCAGUCUCUGGAACCUCUGGACUCACUGGAGCCCCUACAACCCCUGAACCCCUGUCUCUUGUUGGGGGGAGAGCAGGAGCCAUGGCGCCCUGACCCAGAGGAGCCCAAGAAAAGGAAAGGCGGCUGGCCGAAGGGGAAGAAGAGGAAGCCACAGAGGGAGGUGUCAGCGCCGCGUGCACCGACCACAGGCUACGUGAUAUUCGUAAAUGAGCACAAGGUGCGGCUGAGGGCUGAGAACCCUGACCUCCCCUUCACGGAGAUCACCAAGAUGCUGGGAGUGCAUUGGUCCCGGCUCUCCGCAGAGGAUAAGCAGAAGUACAACACGGAAGCCGAGCAGGACAAGCUGCGCUACAUACAGGAGCUUGUUGCCUACCAGAACACAGAGGCCUACAAGGCCUUUCUGAGGAAGAAAGCCCUGGACAAAGCCAAGGACUUGUGUGGCAUGGAAUGUGACGACUCUGAGCUUGAAAUGGAAGCGCUUGCCUUGUCACACGUUGAUGCGGAUGACAGCAGUCACCUGUACUGCUGCACUUGCAAGCAGUAUUUCAGCUCGCUGCAUAAUAAGAAGGAGCAUCUGCUAGGAAGGCAGCACCUACAGGCACUGACAGAGGAGUUUGAGAAGGAGACAAGUGGCCAGCACAAGGCGUCACAGUCCGUGGCGGAGCUUGAAGAAGAACAGGAUGAGGACGAAGAGGAGGAGACAGGGCUGGCUCACCUCUGUAGUCUGUCUUCGCUUGAACUAAAUGUGCUGGAAGAGCUUCUCCUGCGACAGAUAAACUUGAGGGAGCUGGAGCUGCUGGAGCUGACGGCCAGUUUGGACCAAGCCAAGAAGCAGCGGGAACAUCUGAACAGUGAGCUCCAGGAGCUGGAGGUGCGAAAGGGCGCCCUGGAGCAGGAACUUCGAUGUUUAGGAGACAGUGGGGCUAUGCUGGAGUCGCAGCUUAAUGGACUGAAGAUGGUACCCCUGAUGUUCCAGUUCCAUCUGGAUGUCCUUGACAGAGGUGUGGGAUACAACUUGUAGAAGUUUUUGAAUCCACAUGCAUUCAAAAUAUUUUAUUGAAUAAUGCAGUAAUAUUUCACAUUCUACUACAUCCAAGAUUCUACAGAAUCCACUGUUUAGGAUUAGUAAAUGUGAUUUAUUUGAGGUAUAUAGCAGAGCAGUUUAAAGAGCAUACAUUUCUACUAGUCUGAAGGAAUUAAGAAUAAUAAAAUCAAUAAGAUCUUGAAAACUUGAAGCCCAAAUCUCAUUCCUAAAAUUGUAAGACUGAUGAACAGCACAGUUAUUCGUUAAAGGUUGUUUUAGGUCAGCUGCUAAUAGUUUAGAUACUCUAGGGUCCUGUUAUUAACAGGACACCUCGUAUUAUUAUGCGUCUUGGGUGAUGCGAUCACAAGUGGACAGCGCUAACUACUAUAAUCAAGUCCUUUAGCAUUAUUUUAGUAUUAGAGCCAGCUUAGCUCCAAUAUUUAUCUUUAUCAAGUGUGUUAAAUCAGGGUUGCAUCUAAGCUCUGCAGGGUAGAUCUCCAGGAGCAGGGUUGGUGACCACUGCUGUACAGUAGGUCAUCUCCUGUUAGAUUGGAUACUCUAGGUCAGUGGUUCUGAGCCUUUUUUGCAGAGUGACCCAAUUUUUACCAUGCAAUAUCAGUCGUGACCCUAUAUCAGUUAUAGGUUUAAAUUAACGGUGUGAUCAAGCAUGCAGGGUACUCUGUAAUGUAUGCUUAUUAAUGUCUAUGACUCAAAUCUGAUUGGAUGUGCCAGUGAAAUUGAAAUUAAACGUCUGUGGUUUGGCUUCCUGGAUUGGUUGAGUGUUCACUAGUUUUGCACUAAGCAUUUGCAGACCCAAGACCCAUUUAUAUAGGUUAAUUCUAGGAUUGGGGCUGGGAAAUCUGAUCAUGGAUCAGCAUCAAAAAAGCUUUAAAAUGCUUACAUUUCCAAUUGUGCCUCACAACCCUUUCAGAACUUGCUGCAGGUUGCGACCCAUGGGUUGAGAAUUGCUGCUCUAGGUCAACUCUUGUUAGUCUGGGAUCUGUAGAUCAGCUCUUGUUAGAUUGACUACUCUUGGUCAGUUGUUGUUGGUCUAGGUAAUCUAGGCUAGCUCUUGUUAGUUUGGAUGCUCUAGUUCAGCUCUAGUUGGUCUGGAUCUUGUUGGAUUAGAUACGCAAGAUCAGCUAUUAUUGUUUAGGAGCUGUAGGCUAGCUCUUAUUAGUCUGGGUACUCCUGGUCAGCUUAUGCUGGGUCAGAUACUCUAGGUUAGCUCUUAUUAGUCUGGGUACUCCUGGUCAGUUUAGGCUGGGUCGGAUACUCUAGGUUAGCUCUUAUUAGUCUGGGUACUCCUGGUCAGCUUAUGCUGGGUCGGAUACUCUAGGUUAGCUCUUAUUAGUCUGGGUACUCCUGGUCAGUUUAGGCUGGGUCGGAUACUCUAGGUUAGCUCUUAUUAGUCUGGGUACUCCUGGUCAGUUUAUGCUGGGUCGGAUACUCUAGGUUAGCUCUUAUUAGUCUGGGUACUCCUGGUCAGCUUAUGCUGGGUGGGAUACUCUAGGUUAGCUCUUAUUGGUCUGGGUACUCCUGGUCAGCUUAUGCUGGUUCGGAUACUCUAGGUUAGCUCUUAGUAGUCUGGGUACUCCUGGUCAGUUUAUGCUAGAUCGGAUACUCUAGGUUAGCUCUUAUUAGUCUGGGUACUUUUGGUCAGCUUAUGCUAGAUCGGAUACUCUAGGUUAGCUCUUAUUAGUCUGGGUACUCCUGGUCAGCUUAUGCUGGUUCGGAUACUCUAGGUUAGCUCUUAUUAGUCUGGGUACUUUGGGUCAGCUUAUGCUAGAUCGGAUACUCUAGGUUAGCUCUUAUUAGUCUGGGUACUUUUGGUCAGCUUAUGCUAGAUCGGAUACUCUAGGUUAGCUCUUAUUAGUCUGGGUACUUUUGGUCAGCUUAUGCUAGAUCAGAUACUCUAGGUUAGCUCUUAGUAGUCUGGGUACUCCUGGUCAGCUUAUGCUGGGUCGGAUACUCUAGGUUAGCGCUUAGUAGUCUGGGUACUCCUGGUCAGCUUAUGCUAGAUCGGAUACUCUAGGUUAGCUCUUAUUAGUCUGGGUACUCCUGGUCAGCUUAUGCUAGAUCGGAUACUCUAGGUUAGCUCUUAUUAGUCUGGGUACUUUUGGUCAGCUUAUGCUAGAUCGGAUACUCUAGGUUAGCUCUUAUUAGUCUGGGUACUUUUGGUCAGCUUAUGCUAGAUCGGAUACUCUAGGUUAGCUCUUAUUAGUCUGGGUACUCCUGGUCAGCUUAUGCUGGUUCGGAUUCUCUAGGUUAGCUCUUAUUAGUCUGGGUACUCCUGGUCAGUUUAUGCUGGGUCGGAUACUCUAGGUUAGCUCUUAUUAGUCUGGGUACUCCUGGUCAGCUUAUGCUGGGUCGGAUACUCUAGGUUAGCUCUUAGUAGUCUGGGUACUCCUGGUCAGCUUAUGCUAGAUCGGAUACUCUAGGUUAGCUCUUAUUAGUCUGGGUACUUUUGGUCAGCUUAUGCUAGAUCGGAUACUCUAGGUUAGCUCUUAUUAGUCUGGGUACUUUUGGUCAGCUUAUGCUGGUUCGGAUACUCUAGGUUAGCUCUUAUUAGUCUGGGUACUUUGGGUCAGCUUAUGCUAGAUCGGAUACUCUAGGUUAGCUCUUAUUAGUCUGGGUACUUUUGGUCAGCUUAUGCUAGAUCGGAUACUCUAGGUUAGCUCUUAUUAGUCUGGGUACUUUUGGUCAGCUUAUGCUAGAUCGGAUACUCUAGGUUAGCUCUUAGUAGUCUGGGUACUCCUGGUCAGCUUAUGCUGGGUCGGAUACUCUAGGUUAGCGCUUAGUAGUCUGGGUACUCCUGGUCAGCUUAUGCUAGAUCGGAUACUCUAGGUUAGCUCUUAUUAGUCUGGGUACUUUUGGUCAGCUUAUGCUAGAUCGGAUACUCUAGGUUAGCUCUUAUUAGUCUGGGUACUUUUGGUCAGCUUAUGCUAGAUCGGAUACUCUAGGUUAGCUCUUAUUAGUCUGGGUACUUUUGGUCAGCUUAUGCUAAAUCGGAUACUCUAGGUUAGCUCUUAUUAGUCUGGGUACUUUUGGUCAGCUUAUGCUAGAUCGGAUACUCUAGGUUAGCUCUUAUUAGUCUGGGUACUCCUGGUCAGCUUAUGCUGGUUCGGAUUCUCUAGGUUAGGUCUUAUUAGUCUGGGUACUCCUGGUCAGCUUAUGCUGGGUCGGAUACUCUAGGUUAGCUCUUGGCUUGCAUUCUGUGGUGCUUAUUUUUCUCUUGCACUUCACCAGGAAUGCCUGAACCCACUGAUGCACAUUAGUGUUAAUGGACCAGAACUGUAGCUCCCUCUCAUGUGUCAGUCGAACCAAGCCUCAGCAUGAUGUGGCCAGAGUUUGAACUCCACAGCGUAGAGAGGUAACGAGGUCCUGCAGAAGCAGAGUGUGUUGAAUACUCAUGAAGUCAGAGUCAAGCUCUAAGACAAAAUGCUGGGAAAAACAUAAAUGUUAGGAUGCUGAAGACUGAAGUGGGGGCCCUGACUGGAGCAGGGUCACUGCACCCGGGAUGGCCUUCAAGACGGGUCUUACCCAGUUGGUUUGUUUGAUGUUCUGUUGGCUUGGCGACGGGCUUUUCGUUUGCUCUCAUUUUAGCUGUUCUUAAGCAUUCUGUUGCUUUCUUCUGUUCCGUUCUUUCACUGACACAUCGCAGUAAAUAGCUGUUAGCAGAAACUCAGUUAUCCACGUGGUCUUAAUAGUAAUAACCCACCAGAGCUGGUUGUUUCUGAGUUUACUAAUGGCAUCUGAUUAUCUGUUAUUGUGAAACAGAACCCCUGCAGCUCCGCUUUGUUUUAUCGUGGUACUGACCUGUGCAGUAGAAAUCACUUGCAUGCCAGAACACCAGAGUGACAGCAUUUGCAUGUAGACUUGUGUGCUGUUACACUUGCAAUGCUCAGUUGUAGCUGUAGUGCACUGAAUAACCUUCCGCUUAUUCCGCUAGAUUGUAAAACGCUGGAUAACAGGAUGGUAGGAACCAAAGCAGAGCAUGAUGAUGUCAAUUUGCACCAUAGGAAGUUUAUAUAUAGUUUAUAAAUAAAUAAGACUUUCAUUCUC